AUGGGCCGAGACCUCCAAAAGAAGAAGCGCCGCGCCGGCCAAAAGACUAGGCAGCCCAACAGGCCCAAGAAACUCCUCAACCCCCUCGGCAACGACAUCAUCGCAAAGAACUGGAACAAGAAGGAGACCCUCACGCAAAACUACCGCCGCCUAGGCCUCACAGCCCGCCUGCGCAACCCGACAGGCGGCGUCGAGAAGACGCUCUCCGAGGUCGAGCGCAUCAAGUCCGCCAAGCCCGCGCCGAGCCCCUUCGACAUCGCCCCGAUGGAGCAGGCCGUCGUCGACGAGGCGCGCGUCGAGCGUGACGAGAACGGCAAGAUCAUCAGGAUACACUACUCCAAGUCCAGCCGCGCGAACCCGCUCAACGACCCGCUGAACGACAUCGAGGCGGACUCUGACGACGAGGAGGAGGAGGAAACUGAAGAGUGGGGCGGCAUUGACGACGAGAGCCGCCCUGAGGUCAUCCGUCUGCUGGAGAAGGAGGCGUCGAGGGGAGAGCUGAAGAAGCCGAGGCACAUGAGCCAGCAGGAGAAGGAGUGGCUGGAGAGGUUGAUUGCGAAGCACGGCGACAAUGCGGAGGCCAUGGCGAGGGACCGGAAGUUGAACCCGAUGCAGCAGACGUCGGCGGAUAUCGCUCGCAGGCUGAGGAGAUUUCACGGAAAGGCUUAA